CUCUCUCUCUCUCUCUCUGACUCUCUCCUCCGGCGACGAGGACAACAGCGAAAAGCGAUCUCUCUCUCUCUCUCUCUCUCUACAUUGUUAUCUUGUUUGGAUCCGAUGAGAUGGGAAGGGCAACAACAGUCGGAAAACACAAAUCGACCAAGUUUGUGUUGAUUUGCGUGGCUCUUCUCGGAGCUGCCCUCUUCGCAGAUCUCUUUUGGGCUUCCUCUUCUUCUUCUUCCUCCUCUUCUCCCUACCUUUCCAUUUCAUCCGAUUGGCCUAUCCAAAAUUCCGACAAAUUCAUCGUUCCCCCUCUCCAUAACACCACAAAAUCAAAGGAUAACAAGGUUACUGUGCCUGGGAGAUUCUUGUCAGCAACUUUUGCUGAUUUACCCGGUCCGGAAUUAGAAUGGGAGAAGAUGGCAACUGCACCGGUGCCGCGUCUUGAUGGGGCUGCCAUUCAGAUCAAGAAUCUCCUCUAUGUGUUUGCUGGAUAUGGAACCAUUGACACUGUGAGAAAUCUUUACCACCUCUUGUUUCUUGUUUUCAAUAAUGCUUUAGCUUCUUCGGCUACAACAUAUCUUUGUGAAUUCAGAUGA